AUGAGCUCUCUGCGUUGCUCCAGGAAACUCAUAUGCCGCAGCAUCUACGGCGGCGCACGUUCAAGUGCUCUGGCCCAGUUCGGCGUGCAUCCUCGCCGAGCAUUUCACGCGUCUGCCGUUUUCUGGGGCACUAGGUCCCAGGUCCUGAAGGAUGUAGGGGAGGGCAUAACGGAGGUGCAGAUCAUUCAGUGGUAUGUCGAGGAAGGCGCACACGUGGAGGAAUGGAAACCGCUGUGCCAGUAUCAAUCAGACAAGGCUGUGGAUGAUAUAACGUCGAGAUAUGCGGGAGUGAUCAAGAAGCUUCACUUUCAAGCAGAUGAUACGGUGCCAACUGGGAGGGCACUAUGCGAUAUUGAGGUCGAUGAUGCGCAGUAUCCAGAUGAUAACGCACCAGCAGCUCCAGAGGCGCCAAUCACAGAUACAGAGGACUACCAAUACCAAGCCCCUGAGACUUUAAGUAAUGCAACUGCCGUGCAGGAAGAGAACAAACCACAGUCAAAAUAUGCUUCGCUUGCAACACCAGCUGUACGUGGCAUGCUGAAAGAGCACAAACUCAAUAUUCUUGAUAUCACAGGCACAGGCAAAGACGGGCGAGUAUUGAAGGAAGAUGUCCUGAAAUACGUCUCCGGAAGAGACCAGUUACAGUCACCAAGCAUAACAUCAUCUACGACUACAAACUCCACUAUAACAAGGCCUACAUCAACCGAUACUCCACAAACCGAAACUACCCAGGCAUUAACUCACAUGCAGUCACAAAUGUUCAAGACCAUGACCAAGUCAUUGACCAUUCCGCAUCUUCUUUUUGCAGACGAACUCAACAUCAAUGCCAUGACAGCACUUCGGCGCAGCCUCGCUAGUGACCCGAAGAAUACGCAGAAGAUUACUUCUCUCUCCUUCAUCAUCAAAGCCGUCUCCCUGGCACUGGAAGAAUAUCCCAUCCUCAAUGCCAGAGUCGACACAUCAGAUGCCUUGGCUGGGCCGAAACUGGUAAUGCGCGCUAACCACAACAUUGGAAUCGGCAUGGACACGCCCCAGGGCCUCAUUGUGCCUAACAUCAAAAACGUCGGGGCGAAAUCGAUUUUUGAGAUCGCAGCCGAGAUAUCACGUCUGAGCUCUCUGGGCAAGGAAGGCAAGCUCAGACCCGCUGAUAUCAGCGGCGGUACUAUUACGGUGUCCAACAUCGGGAAUAUUGGAGGUACAUAUCUGUCACCUGUGAUAGUGCCGACGGAAGUGGCUAUCCUGGGAGUUGGGCGGUCAAGGAUCAUCCCGGCCUUUGACGAGGCAGGCCAAGUGAUCAAAGCAGAAGCAGUCAAUUUCAGUUGGAGUGCUGAUCAUCGGGUGAUUGAUGGCGCGACAAUGGCACGCAUGGCUGCCAAAGUCAAGGAGUAUAUUGAGGCGCCACAUAAGAUGUUAAUACGAUUGAGAUGA